AUGAUUCACGAUGCGCUAUUAAUCCUUUGGGAUUGCUCACACACGGUGGAAGGACAGAAAGAGCUUGUAACAUACGCCAACCAAGGAGAUCCAGAAAUGUUUGGCAGGAUUACUGACAUAGCCAAGAGCCACCAUAAAAUUCAACGUUUUGUUGAAGCUACUGGAUUCCGAUCCAGAAAGGCUCAUAUGGGUCUCAAACUAUGUGGCCUGUACUCGCAAGCUCUCAGCGAAGGUUUUGCAGAAGUUCUACAAUCAUAUAAACAAAAUCUAAUGGAAGUGGAGAGCCUAGUGAUUGGGAACCAUAAUUACACUCUAUCAUUUGUAUACAGCUACGUAGAGAAGUACCAAGGACUGUUUAACACUUUAAAUAAGAUUAUAUCCACUAUUGAACAUCGGAAACUAACUGGAUGCCAGAUAUUGAGCUUACUUCAUCAGUAUAUUUUGAAUGGCAGUGAACAAGUUCGAGAAGCCAUUCUAAGAAUAUUCUCCUGUGUGAAUAAAGUAUUUGUCAAUCAGCUCUGCACCUGGCUCUUGUAUGGAGAACUAAAAGAUCCGUACCACGAGUUCUUUAUACUGAAUAGUCAGGCUCAAGAUCCGUCCGACACAUUUCUAUCUUCCCCAUCCUCUACAAAUACUUGUGAUAAGUCACUUGUUUCUACUCUCCAAGACACGACCUUAGAAUGUGGAUAUGCUCUAAACACUAGUAUGAUCCCAUACUUUGUGCCUCUCUCUCUUGCACAGGAGAUUUUGUUCAUCGGCAAGACUAUCAUUUUGUUCGGCUUCGAUCCUAAGAAAAUGAAGAAAAAUAGCUCUUUUGUUGCUAGUAGGACUUUAUUACCUUUGCAGAAGUGUGGGGUGGAAUCUAGAAGGUUUACAAUCUGGGAAGACAAGGAGGCAGAAUUCCAUGAGAAGUUGCAAAAACUUAAAGACCCUGAAGUGUUUGAAGUUUGCAAUCUGAGAGGUGUCAUCAGGGAGAUUAAGGAAUGUGUUACUAAGCAUCUCUGGACAGUGGCAGUAGAGGAAGCGCAGUUAAUACACGAACUGAGACUGAUGAAAGACUUCUACCUGCUUGGACGAGGGGAACUGUUUCUCGAGUUAUUAAGACUUACUGCUCACAUGCUGGACAAACCCACAGCUAGGACUUCCACUAGAGAUAUGAACCACGCGUUCCAGUUGGCGGCAAGAGCAGUGUUUCUUAGUAACAGCGCGGAUAUCGAGAAGUUCAGCUUCGAAUUGCCGUAUGUGAAGCCAAAUGUCUCAGCUAACGCGAGUAUUGACGAUGACAGUACUACGGUGGCAGAUGGCUGGUCCAGUAUUAUCCUGAAAUAUGACUUCAAAUGGCCACUACACCUCUUGUUUACGCCAGAAGUACUAGCUCGGUACAACGAUAUGUUCCGUCUCUUGUUACGAAUUAAGAAGACGCAACAUGACUUGCAUGCGCUUUGGAAAACUUAUAAGCAGUCGACUAGCUUCCAAAUGUGCCAGUUACACAACAAGUUAAUGUUCCUGAUGGACAACCUACAGCACUAUAUGCAAGCAGAUGUACUAGAGACCAACUUCUCCCGCCUCAUGGACGCGGUGCACAAGACCAAUGACUUCGAGAAACUAAAGAAGGCACACGCGAACUUCCUAGCUGAUGUACUCAGUCAGUCGUUUCUUACUGUCACUUCUUCAGGUGAGAGCGACAGUUCAGAUUUGACAGACUCCCUGAACAAUCCAGUGUUCUGCAAUAUCAUGGAGCUGCUGAAGCUGUGUCAUUCAUUCUGCGGGAUGAACGACACUGUCGAUGAUAAGGAGGCCGAGGACUAUUACAUCAAGGGGUAUUCUGAUCGAUUCAGCAAGCUAGUCAAACAGCUAAUGCAGCUACUCGUAUCUCUUCGUGAUCGGCCUUGUGGUGUGUACCUUGCAAGACUUCUAAUGAGACUGGACUAUAACAGGUGGCUCAGUGGAGAGGCGCAGUUGACGCAGUCUGUCACUAAUAUGCUGCGGUACUGA